GGCAAAUAUGGAAGAGAAGGGAGAAAGUAUCUAUUAUCAGAGAGGUUUCUAACUAGAGAGAGGGGGUGGCUUUUGGAGGUAGUUAGGAGAUAUUUUGAGAGAGAAUUCUUGGGAAGGAAGCCAAGAAAAACAGAGGAUGUUUCUGGAGGGAAGAGGGACAACAUUGUGAGUAGUAGCAAAGAACUUUGGGAGAGGUGAGAUUCCGGAGAGCUUUUGAGAGAGUUUUUCUGAAGCAUUGUAUCUUUUCUGGAAGUAAGGAAAAGAACGAAGAGUGACUUGAGGGGAUACAGAGAGACUUUUCUGGACUUUUCUGGAGUGGUUUUCUGGAGAACAAGGAGGCUAUUUUUGCUGAGGAGAGGAGUAGGAGAAGAAUCGGUCAACGCAUUGAUCGCUUGACACCAAGGGUGCAAAAUAGAUCCUGCCAAAGGUCCAUUGUCACUCUCUUCGACCUGCUCUCUGCUCUACUUUCCCCUCAAAACUCUUUGACAUUUCAACUUCCACGUGGUUGAUUUCCUACAGAUAAUAACCCCACAUAAAUACAUGAUUUAUGUCAAAAGAGCUCUCGACAGGGGAACUUUUGGGAGUUAAGGGGUGGCCGAAAAUUAUUUUUCAAUCAGUGUGUGCAUGUAGUUGAAUCUGCUACUUAUUAUAUCAAGCUCGAGUUCAUCUGCUCGACACAGAGCCGUUUGAGGAUGCAUUUGGACCAAAGAAAAAGAGAGUGACCAAAGCUUAUGGCGAUGGGUUAUGAGUCUUUAGUGAAGAAAGCUGAUGGUGCUCAGGAUGCAUUUGAGCAGAAGGAUGCUGGUAGUGUGCAUACAGAAGGAAGUGAAGGAGAUGGAUUCGGGGACCUUGUCCGCCAUACAAUGUUUGAGAAGGGUCAAAGCAAACGUAAUUGGGGUGAGCUCCACAAAGUGAUAGACUCUUCAGAUGUUGUUGUCCAGCGAGUCUCAAGAGUUUUCCAAAUCUGAGAUGAGGUUUCACAGCCAACCAUACGAAGCAAAAGACUCUCUAACAUCGAAGAAA